AUGGACGAAGUGCCGGGUAAUCAGGACAAUCAGUCAUUUCUUGGCAACAUCACUGGAGCCAUGUUUGCAGAUCAUGGGGAACAAUCUGCAGGGUGUUCUUCUCUUGAGGCAGAGUGGGUUCCUAUGAGUGAAAGAAGCCCUGCUCAGAAUGGUCUGGGCACCAUUGACAAUGCCAAUUUAUUUGAUGAUCAGUCAUUGGCAUCUGCAUUUGAGAACAUGAGCUUGAGCUUCACUGGUAGUGCUGCUGACUCUUCUGCUAACUCUGGCAAUGUUGGAUCCAAGGAUGGGCUCCGUUUUGCAGACUAUUUGUUUACAUCAGCUGACAACCCAACAAAUCUGCCACUUCAGCCAGCAUUUGGUCAAGAUGAGUUUGUGCCUUCAUAUUUGAUGGUCAACAAUGCUGGACACAUGAAACGAAAUUUUGGUGCACAAAAUCCUCCAAUGUACACAGGGAUGCAUGGCACAGAUAAUGCUUUUGUGGCUAGAACCAAUUUACCACAAGCUUUGCCUUUCCAGCAACAUCUCAUUAUCGAUAGGCACCCACAAACAUAUGCCCCUUAUUAUCAGCAGCAGAUGGACUCUAAAUUCAAGCGGCAUGAUAUUGAUGUCGAGAGGAAUUUUAUCAUGCAGCCACAGUAUUCUUAUCAGCAAAUUCCACAGGCUGCUGAUGUUCAUUGGAUCAGUAGCAAUCAAUAUGGUGUUAUCUACUCAUCAACCAAGUAUGCAGCUGCACCUCACCUUAGAGUGCCCACUGUUCGUCAUCUGGGACAUGGCAGUCCUGAUAUCUACUGGAAUGGUGCUAUAAUUCCUAAUGGAAGUAACCGACGGAGUUUGACACGUGUGAAUAAUUGUCCUUGUACAAGUUAUCCUAAUUGCUUAUGCGAAACCUGUGAAUACUGUCAGAUUCAGCUAUCUGAAAAGCUCAAACAUUCAUUUGGGCUCAGGCAUUCACCCAAAGGUUUAUUAGAAGAUUGCAUCUAUGAUAAAGUGAAAAGUUCACCGUCAUCCUUGGAUUCUGAGGUGGCCAUGAAAUCUGCCCAACUGAACUGUAAUUCAGUUGAUGAAGUUGUUGGAGAAUUGUACCACUUGGCGAAGGAUCAGAAUGGUUGCCAUUUCCUCCAAAGGAUAUUUACAGAAGGUUCUCAAGAGGAUGCCCAAAAGGUUUUUGAUGGUGUAAUUGAGCAUAUCGAUGAACUUAUGGUUGAUCCAUUUGGAAAUUACUUGAUACAAAAACUACUUGAGCAGUGCAAUGAUAAUCAAAAGAUGCAUAUACUUUAUGAAAUAACCAAAAUACCUGGCCAGCUAGUCAAAGUUGCAUGCAACAUGCAUGGGACACGUGUGGUGCAAAAGGUGAUAGAAACUGUUAGUACCUCAAAUGAAGUUUCCAUGGUAGUAUCUGCUCUGAGCCACUGUGCCAUUACUCUGAUGAUGGAUGCCAAUGGCAGUCACGUUGCACACCGUUGCUUGCAGAAGCUGUCACCUGAGUGCAAAGCAUUCCUUCUCAAUGCGGCCACAAAAUAUUGCGUUGAGCUAGCAAAGGAUCGGCAAGGCUGUUGUAUCAUCCAGAAAUGUAUUAUUCAUGCAAAUAAGGAGCAGAAGAACAAGUUGUUGUACAGUAUCACAACUCGGGCUCUCGAUCUCGCAGAACACCAGUAUGGGAACUAUGUAAUACAGUUCAUACUCGACCUCAAGGUUACUUGGGCGACGAAUGAAAUUCUGGACAAGCUUGAGGGUAGCUAUGGAUAUCUGUCGAUGCAAAAGUGCAGCAGCAACGUGGUUGAGAAAUGCCUGAAAGAAGCACGGGAGCCAAAGCGUGCAAAGAUCAUCCUUGAGCUUAUCAAUGACCCCAAGCUGCAGAAUAUCUUGCUUGAUCAGUAUGGGAAUUAUGUGAUCCAAACAGCAUUCCGGGAGUGCGAGGGUGCUGAGGUUGAGGCUGCAUUGGUCCGAGCCAUCAAGCCACACGUCGGCGCUCUUCGAAACAACAUGUUUGGGAAGAGAAUUCUGUCGAAAACCUGCCUGAAGAGCAGGAAGCUCUAA